AUGACUGGCAGCGACAUCGGAGUUGACAACUGCUGGCAGGCUGCUGGGUGUUUGUACUCGCUCUCGGUGCUUGCAGAGAACAAGCUCAGCAUCGUGCAGGAGGGAGGGCUCUCUCCGCUCAUAGGGCUGCUGAACUCCCCCAACCCGGAGGUAGCGAAGCAAGCAUGUGGGUGUAUCAGGAACCUUGCCGUCAACCCUCUCAACAAGGAGAAGAUCUUACAGGAGAAUGCGCUACCCUCCCUCAUCAACCUCCUCGAGUCCGACGACCCCAAGACGCAGGAGCUCGGGGCCUCGGCGCUGAGAAACUUGGCGGUGAACGAGGCGAUCGGGCUGAAGAUGGUGGACGCCGGAGUUCUGAUCCCCCUCAUCGACCUGCUCACCUCUCAGGAUAAGAAGGUGGUGGAGCAGGCGGCCAUGUGCUUGCGGAACCUGUCGGUGAUCCAGUCCAACUGCGAGAGGAUGGUGGAGGAGGGAGUGAUCGGCCCUCUGGUGUCGCUGCUGCGCAGCAGGGACGAUAAGAUCCAGGAGCAGGCGACGGCUAUUAUCAACACCCUCUCCUCUGCCAACGCAGAGAACAAGGCGCUGGUGGUGGAGGAGGGAGGGCUGACGCCGCUGAUCAACCUGCUGCGAUCGACUAACAAGAGGGUCCAGGAGGAGUCAUGUAUCACACUCAGGAACUUGUCCUCAAACACAGACAACCAGGUCAAGAUCGUUCAGCGUGGAGCUCUACCGGCUCUGAUCGGCCUCCUACACUCGGCGAAUGCCAAGUUGCAGGAAGCCUCGGCCAUUACGCUGAGAAAUUGCUCGAUGAACAGCGAGAACGAGGUCAGGAUAGUGCAGGAGGGAGGACUCCCUCCCCUUAUCGCCCUCCUCCGCUCUGGCGACAGCAAGAUCCAGGCCAGCGCCGUCAUCGCCAUCCGCAACCUCUCCACCAACUCCACGAACCAGGUCAAGAUCUCCCAGGAGGGAGGACUCCCUCCCCUGAUCGCCCUCCUCCGGAGCUUCGACCCCAAGAUGCAGGAGCAGGCGUGCGCUGCCCUGAGGUUCUGCGCGGAGAACAGCGACAACCAGGUCAACAUCGUGCAGGACGGAGGUCUUGCUCCUAUCAUCGCGCUCCUCCGCUCUUCGGACCACAAGAUCCAGGCGCAGGCGGCAGGAGCCGUACGCAACUUGGCCAUGAACGUAGAGAACAAGGUGAGGAUAGCACAGGAGGGUGCGAUCCAGCCGCUGGUUUCGCUCCUCUGCUUCAGCAACGACGAUGUGGACGAGCAAGCGGCUGGGGCCUUGUGGAACCUCUCGAUGAACGCCGAGAACCGUGUCAAGAUCGUGCAGGCAGGGGCUCUACACCCUUGCAUUACACUCCUCCGCUCCUCCGAGCGUCGGGAGAGCAUCAGGGAGCUGGCGGGAUGGACGCUGAGGAACCUGGCGGUCAACGCGGAGAACAAGGUGCUGAUCGUAGAGGAGGGAGGGCUGGUCCCCCUCAUCGCCCUGCUACACUCGAUGAACGAGCGGGCACAAGAGCAUGCGGCUGGUGCGCUGCGAAGUUUGUCGGUCAAUGCCGAGAACCAGAACCUUAUCGUUCAGAACCUCGGCCUCCCGCCUCUCGUCGCCCUCCUCCACAGCCAGAACGCGGCGGUGCAGGAGCAGGCGGUAGUUUGCAUACGCAACUUGUCCGUCAACGACGAGAACGAGAUCAAGAUCGUGCAGGAGGGAGCGCUUCCUCCCCUCAUCAAGCUGCUCCAGAGCCCGGUCGAGCGGAUCCAAGAGCACGCGGCCGGAGCUCUGAGGAACCUGUCGGUCAACAAUGACAACAAGGUCAAGAUCGUGAUCGAAGGGGCCCUGCCUCAUCUUAUCGCUCUCCUCCGCUCGAGGGACAAGAGAGUUCAAGUCCAGGCGUGUCAAACUCUGCAGAACAUCGCGGUCAACGACGAGAACGAGGUGGCGGUGGUGAGGGAGGGAGGUCUACCGCCCCUCAUCGCCCUACUCUCCAGCCCCGACGAGGAGCUGCAGGAGCACUCGGCCGUCGUCGUCCACAACCUGUCCGAGAACGCUGAGAACAAGGUCAAGAUCGUGCGAGAGGGCGGGCUCCCUCCGCUGAUUGCGCUCCUAAGCUGCUUCAACCUCCGCCUGCUCGAGCUCGCCACUGCUGCCAUCAUGAACUUGGCGACCAACCCUGAGAACAAAGUGAGGAUAGCGCAGCGGGGAGGCAUCGCGCCCCUGAUCGGCCUCCUGUCCUCCUCCAACGACCUCGUGCAGGAACAGUCGAUGGGUGCGAUCUGUCAGCUGGCCAUGAACGCUGAGAACAAGGUCAAGAUCCAGCAGGAGGGAGCGCUUGGGUCCAUAAUCUCCCUCCUCAAGUCCCCCAACGAGCAGACGCUAAUCUACGCGUCCGAGGCCCUACGGCACCUGUCCAUGAACGCGCAGAACAAGGAGGAGAUCGAAAGGGCUGGUGCCCUUCCCCUCCUCGUCGAGCUCCUCUCCUGCCCCAUCGACGAGGUCCAGGAGCACGUGGCGGUCUGCCUGCAGAACCUCUCGGUGAACGCCAACAACAAGAUCAGGAUCGUUCAGGUGGGAGGACUCCCAGCUCUCAUCGAGCUGCUCCGAUCAAGAAACAAGAAGGUCCAGGCCCAGGGGGUAGUCGCGCUGCGUAACCUUUCGGUGAACGCGGACAACAAGGUCUACAUCGUCGACGAAGGAGCCCUCCCGCCCCUCAUCGCGCUCCUCCGCUCCCAGGACGAGAACAUCCAGGAGCAGGCGUGUGGGACCAUCUGGUCGCUGUCAGUCAACGCCGACAACCGCCCUAGGAUCGUGCAGGAAGGAGGACUUCCCUCCCUGAUCACGCUCCUCCGCCACGCCAACGAGAAGAUACAGGAACUUGCCGUGCUCGCCAUCCGCAACAUCUCAACCACGGACGAGAACAAGAUCAAGAUCGUCAGGCUGGGAGGCCUUCCUCCCCUCAUCGGCAUCCUCCGCUCCACCAACAUGCGGGUCGUCGAGCAGGCGGCGGGGACACUCUGGUCGCUCAGUGUGUCGGAGGAGAACCAGAUCAAGAUCGUACAGGAGGAUGGGCUUCAGCUCCUAGUCUCCCUCCUCCGCUCCCCCAACGAGAACGUCGUGGAGCAGGCGGCGGGAUGUAUCAGGAACCUGUCCAUGAACGACGAGAACGACAUCAAGGUCGUCAGGGAGGGAGGGCUUCCUCCGCUCAUCUACCUCCUUGGCUACCCCGAUCCUAACAUCCAGGAGCAUGCCGUCGUCACGCUGCGCAACCUGUCAGUCAACAGCGACAACAAGGUCAUGAUCGUCGGGGAGGGGGCCCUCCCCCCUCUCAUCUCCCUCCUCCGCUCCCCCUACGAGCGCAUCCAGGAGCACGCGGUCGUCACCCUUCGCAACUUGUCGCUCAACGCGGAGAACGAAGUCAUGAUCGUGCAGGAGGGAGGGCUUCCUCCCCUGGUCGACCUCAUGCUCACUCAGAACGAGCGGCUCCAGGAGCAUGCCGUCGUCGCCAUCCGCAACCUGUCCGUCAACGAGCAGAACGAGGUCGACAUCGUGGCAGAAGGAGCUCUUGCUCCUAUCAUCAACCUCCUCCGCGUCCCCAACGAGGACUUGCAGGAGCAUGCAGCGGGUGCGCUGGCCAACUUGUCCUCGAACCCCAUGAACAAGAUAAGGAUCGUCAACGACGGGGCCCUUCCUCCUCUUAUCGCUCUCCUCCGCUCUCCCGACGAGCUGGUCGUCGAGCAGGCCGUCAUGUGUAUGCGCAACCUCUCCGCCAGCCCGGAGAACAGAGCGAGGAUCGUUGCAGAGGGAGCCCUUCCUCGCCUGACCUCCCUCCUCCGCUCCCCCGUCGACAAGAUCCAGGAAGCAGCGGCAGGAGCGAUCCGCAACCUCUCCGGGGAGAACGAGGACUCCGUCGCUGGGGAGGGAGGGAUUGCGCUGCUUAUCGCCCUCCUCCGCUCCACCAGCGAGAGCACCCAGGAGCAGGCGGCGUCGGCCCUGUGGAGCCUGAGCACGAACGAGAGGAACCAGGGGAAGAUCGUGUCCGAGGGAGGUAUAGCUCCCCUUAAGGACUGUCUGCGCAGCCCAAACAAGAAGGUGCAGGAGCAGUGCGUCGGGAUCAUCCGGAACCUGUCCAUGAACGAGGCCAACGAGAUCCCGAUGAUGGAGGAGGGGGUACUUCCUCCUCUGAUCGAGCUCCUCCGCUCUCUCAACGAGAGAAUCCAGGAGCAUGCCGCCGUUGCCCUCCGCAACCUCUCCAUGCACCCUCGCUGCAAACUGCAGAUGGUGCAGGACGGAGUGAUGGAGCCGCUGGUUGGCCUUAUGCGCUCCCCGCUCCAGAUCAUCCAAGAGCACACGGUGGUCUGCAUCCGGAACCUGUCCAUGGCGCUCGACAACGUCAUCACCAUCAUGGAGAACGACGCUCUUCCUCCACUGAUCGGCAUGCUGCGCCACCAUGACCCCAAGAUCCAGGAGCAUGCUGCCGUUGCCAUCCGCAACCUCUCCGUCCACGAUGAGUGCGAGGCGAAGGUGGUGGCAGAGGGAGCCCUUCCUCCCCUCAUCUACCUCCUCCGCCACGAGAUCAAGACCGUGCAGGAGCAGGCGGUCGGGGCCCUCCGGAACCUGUCAGUGAUACCCGAGAACAAGAACAGGAUCUCCAAGGAGGGAGGGAUACCCCCACUCAUCCUCCUCCUCAAGUCCAACGUUGACAAGAUCCAGGAGCUCGCGGCCUUCUCUAUCCAUAACCUGUCGGCAGGGAGCAUCGUCAAUCAGCACAACAUCCUGAAGAUCGUUCAAGAGGGUGCUCUUCCCCCUCUGAUCAAGCUCCUCCGCUCCCGCAACGUCCUCAUCGCUCGCCAGGCCUGCGGGGCCCUGAGAAACAUCUCGGUCAACGAGGAGGCGAGGGAGGACAUCGUGGACGAGGGAGGACUCUCUGCUGUCAUCCUCCUCCUCAAGUCCACCGACGCCGGGACGCUAGAGCACGCCUCCGUCCUCCUCCGCAACCUCUCCGUCCCCGCCAACAACAAGGACAAGAUCGCCAAGGAGGGAGGACUCGCGGCGUGCGUGGACCUGCUGAGCUCCAAGCACGAGCUUGUCCUCCCGCACGUCGCUGGCGUCCUGCGCAACCUGACGGUCAUCGACGCCUACCAGAUCCAGAUCGUGCGCGACGGGGCCCUCCCUCCCCUCAUCGCCCUUAUGUCGAACCCGGAGGAUGACGUGGCAGAGCAGGCCGUGACUACCAUCCGCAACCUCUCCGCCAACCCCUCCCUGGACGUGAAGCUGGUCAGGGACGGGGUAGUCCCUCCUCUCGUCCACCUCCUCCGCUCCCCCAACCCCUCCGUCCAGGAGCAGGCGAUCGUCGCGAUCCGCAACCUGAGCAUCAACCCGCAGAACAAGGUCAGGAUCGUCAAGGAGGGAGGACUCAUCCCUAUCGUCGGCCUCCUGCGCUCGGUCAAUCUCAAGGUCCAGGAGAGCGCCGUGAUCACCCUUCGUAACCUCUCCACCGACCCGGAGAACGAGGAGGCGAUAGUGCGGGAAAGCGCCCUCGUUCCUCUCUUUGCGCUGCUCCGCUCCCCACACGAGAUCAUCUACGAGCAUGCCGCCAUCGUCCUCCGCCACCUCUCCAUCAACGCGCAGAACAAGGCAGACAUGGUGCGGGAGGGAGGACUGCCCUACUUCAUCGCGCUGCUCCGCUCCUCCACCAACGAGCAAGCUCAGGAGCACGCAGCAGUGCUGAUGCAGAACCUGUCCAUGGACAGCACCAACCAAGUGAAGAUCGCGAGGGAGGGAGGGCUCCCGCCUCUCAUCGCGCUCCUCCGCUCCCAGAACGACAAAGUCCGCAUCCAUGCUGCCAGCGCGCUGCAGAACCUGUCGGUGAACCCUGAGAACGAGCUGGCGAUUGUCCAAGAAGGAGCGCUCCCCGUCCUCAUUGCUACCAUGACCACCACCGACGACUUCCUGCGCGAUUGCGUCAUGGCGAUCUUGAGGAACAUCACUCUGCACCCUGAGAACAAGGUCAAGUUCGUGCGGGAAGGAGGUAUGCCGCCGCUGAUUGCGCUGAUCCGCUCCCUCGAGCCGAGGAUCCAGGAGCAGGCAGCUGCGGCUGGCUGCAUCCGCAACCUCUCCGUCAACUCCAACAACCAUGGCUCCCUUGUUGAGGCUGCAGUCGUCGGGCCCCUCGUCGCCCUCUGCACCUCAGACGAGCCUCUGGUGCAGGAGCAGGCGCUCGUGGCGCUGCGGAACAUCUCGGCGAACGAGGCGUUCGAGCUUGAGGUAAGGAGGAACACUCUGCUCCACUCCCUCCCCUUCUUACCUGACACCCUCCCUGCUGCUUCUAUCCUUUGUUCUCUCCCUCUGUUCCUCCUUCCCUCCCUCCCUCCCUCACGCGGGAUCCUGGCUCCCCUCGUCGCCCUUCUCCGCUCCACCAACGAGAGCGUCCAGGAGCACGCGGCUGGCGCCAUCCGCAACCUGAGCGCCAACGCAGAGAACAAGAGGAGGAUCGUGCUGGAGGGAGGGCUAGCGCCGCUCAUCGGCCUCAUCCGAACCAACCAGCAGGCGGUACAGGAGCAGGCGUGCGCUGCGAUCCGCAACCUGGCCGUCAACGCUGAGAACUCAGCGAGGGUGAUAGAGGAGGGAGGGAUACCUCCCCUCGUCCAGCUGCUUCGCUCCCCCUCCAAGAAGAUCCAGGAGAACGCGUGCCUAGCGCUGCGCAACAUCACAGGGAACGGGCCCAACGAGCUCAAGGUGGUGAUGGAAGGAGGGCUUCCUCCCCUGAUCGCCCUCCUUUCCAUCGACGAUCGCGAUCUGCAAGAACAUGCCGCUGCCGUCUUGCGCAACAUCUCCGUCAACACAGAGAACGAUCAGAUGAUAGUGCAGGAGGGAGCUCUAGAGCCCUUGAUCCGCCUGCUCUCCUCCCCCGAGCAGAGGGUCCAGGAGCAGGUGGCGGGCUGCCUGAGGAACCUGAGCGUGUCCAACGUCAACAAGCAAAGGAUGGCAGCGCUGGGAGGUAUUCCCCCGCUGAUCGCCCUGCUCAGCUCCCCGCAUGAGGAGAUUCAGGCGCAGGUCGCCAUGGUGCUGCAGAACCUGUCCAAGAACGUGGACAACCGGUACAGGAUGGUGGAGGAAGGAUGCUUGCCGCCGCUGAUCGCCCUCCUGUGGUCGUUCAACGAGGACGUGCAGGAACAUGCGGCAGGGACGCUGGCGAACUUGAGUGUAAACGCAGACAACGCGGAGAAGAUCGUGGAGGAGGGGGGGAUGCCGCUGCUGAUAGGCCUGCUCCGCUCCCCCAACGAGCGGGUGCAGGAGCAGGCGGCGGUUGCGAUCAGGAACCUCUCGGUGGAGCCGGCGAACGAGAUCAAGAUCAUGGAGGAGGGAGGAAUUCCUCCCCUCCUCGCGCUGCUCCGCUACAACAGCGAGAGCUUCCAGCGGCAGGGGACGAUCACUCUGCGAAACCUCUCGGUGCACGACGAGAACAAGUUCAAGAUCGUGCAGGAGGGAGGGAUACCCCUCCUCGUCUCGCUCCUCAAGUCCCCCGACAAGCUGAUCCAGCAGCACUCCUGCGGCAUCCUCCGCAACCUCUCCGUGCACGCUGACAACUGUACGCGCGUCAUCCAGGCAGGAGGCCUCCUGCCCCUGAUCGCUCUGAUGCGAUCCCCCGACCCCAUCGUCCAGGAGGAAGCGCUAGUUACCCUGAGGAACAUCUCGGCUAACCCUGGAGGAAGGCAGGACGUGGUGAGGGAGGGAGGGCUUUCGCCGCUCGUCGUCCUCCUCCGCUCCCCUCUCAAGAACCUCCAGGAGCAGGCGGCUGCCACCAUUCGGAACCUGAGUGCUGAUGACGUCAUCAAAGUGAAGUUCAUCGAAGAGGGAGGGCUGGCGCCGCUUAUCCAGCUGAUGAGCGUGAACGAGGCCAUGACGAGAGAGCAUGUGGUAGCGGCGCUGGCGAACCUGACCAUGGACACGGCCAACGACUCGAGCAUCGUAGCUGCCGGGGCCCUUCCUCUCCUCGUCUCGCUCCUGAAGGACCAGUCGAUCAGGACGCAAGAGCACGCGGCGAUCUGCCUGCGGAACCUUUCUUGCAACCCAGAGAUCAAGGUCAAGAUCGUGCAGAAGGGAGGCCUCUCCGCUCUGGUCCAGCUGCUCCACUCCCCCGACCUAGUCGUGCGCGAGCACUGCACCGUCGCGCUCCGCAACCUGAGCUCGGCGGACGAGAACCGAGCACAGAUCGUCAAGGACGGAGGGCUUCCUCCUCUCGUGGAGCUCCUGUCGUGCGAGGAGGAAAGAGUGGUCGUGGAAGCUGCGGUGGCGCUGCAGAACCUCUCCAUGCUCAGCGGCAACGAGGCAGCGAUCGUUCAGGCGGGGGCCAUACAGGGCCUGGUGCCCCUGCUGACCUCUGAGGACCCGCUGGUACAGGACGCAGCGUCAGGAGCUCUUGCCAACCUCUCCUCCUUCUCCGACCAUGACGCCAGGAUCGUGCAGGCCGGGGCCCUCCCAGCUCUGGCCAAGCUGGUGCUCUCCCCGAGUCUUGUCAUCUCGGAGCACUCGUCCGCUCUCCUCCGCAACCUGACCGCCUACAACGCCGAGAUCAAGAUGCGGGCGUUCGAGUCCGGCUGCCUCCCACCUGCCGUCCAGCUGCUCAGGUCCCGGGAGAAGGUCGUGCUCCAGAACGCCGUCGCCAUCAUCCGCAACCUCUCGUUCCACCCCGAGGUGAAGGUCCGGCUGGUAGAGGAUGGCGCCAUAGCGUCGCUGGUGGGGCUUCUCAACAACGCAGACGCAGAGGUGCAGGAACAUGCUGCUGCUGCUAUCCGCAACAUCAUGGCUGAGAACUAGGGGAGGGGGCUGUUGGGGGUUUUGUCUUCAUGUCUUAUUGUUUUGCCAUGUAAAGUUUCAUGUAAUCUCCC